UAGCAAAAAUCUUUAAAAGUAGGUUUACGUUCAGUUAUGAAUAAGGUCAAGCAUUUUUGUUUGCUCUCUGGGACAGCUCCAGGGGAUCUUUGGAUGGUAUCUCGGCAUGAGGCCUUCUGCAAUACUUCAGCAUCUUUCCAAACAGGUGAAGUUGCAGGCAGCCCUAGAGCGCGUGCGAGGAGAGGUGGAGGAGGCCGAUGUUCAGGAGGCCGCUGUGGGGAAGAAGGCCGUGGUUUGGAAGGAGAAGGUGGAAAGGCAGCGGCAGCGCUUCCGGCUGGAGUUCGAGAAGCAGCGUGGCUUCCUGGCCCAGGAGGAGCACCUGCAGCUGCGCAGGCUGGAGGAGGAGGAGCAGGCCACCCUGCAGAGACUGCGUGAGAGCAGGAGCCGGCUGGGCCAGCAGAGCAGGGCCCUGAGGGAGCUGGCUGAGGAGCUGGAGGGCAGGUGCCGCCGCCCUGCCCUGGGGCUGCUGGAGGGCGUGAGCGACGUCUUGAGCCGAAGUCAGGCUGUCACGCGGCUGGAAACGGAGCCCAUCGCCAUGGAGGUGAAGACAGUCUGCCGCAUCCCUGGGAUGAGGGAGAUGUUGAGGAAAUUCUGGGCCGACGUGAAGCUGGACCCGGCCACAGCGCAUCCCAGCCUGCUAGUGACUGCGGACCUGUGCGGUGUCCAGGACGGAGAGCAGUGGAGGGACGUCCCCGGCAACCCCGAGCGGUUCGACACCUGGCCCUGCGUCCUGGGCCUGCAGAGCUUUGCGUCCGGGCGGCAUUACUGGGAGGUCGCGGUGGGGGAGCAAGCCGAGUGGGGCUUGGGCGUCUGUGAGGACGUGCUGCCCAGGAAGGGGGAGACCACGCCGGCCCCCGAGAACGGGGUCUGGGCCGUGUGGCUGCUGAAGGGCAGCGAGUACAUGGUGCUGGCCUCCCCCUCGGUGCCCCUGCUCCAGCUGGACCGGCCCCGCCGCGUGGGCGUCUUCUUGGACUAUGAGGCCGGCGAAGUUUCAUUUUACAACGUCACCCACGGCUCGCACAUCUACACCUUCUCCCAGCUGUUCUCGGGGGCCCUCCGGCCGUAUUUCUUCGUCUGCGACACGACCCCUCUUAUCCUGCCAUCUGUGACAGAAGCAGAGCCCGGCGGUUGGACAGCCAGGGCUCAUCCUGCCUCUUCCUCUGAGGUCAGAGGUGCUCAUUCCUAACAUUUUGUUCCCAAGACGCUUUCCCAGCCUAAAGGAAGGCCCCUGGGUGGAGUGGACGCUGUAACAGCGGGGCCUCAGCAAAGUCCCCGCCUAGGUCAGCAGGUCACUCCAGCUGUGGAGAUUUUCUCAUGGAGACAAGGAGAAAACGCGGAGCGUCUGCACAUGAAGGGACGCUGGGCAGGACUUGACUGGAGACACGGGCAGUCUCAUCAGACUGCUUCCCAAUGGCUCCACGAGCCUUCUCUGGAUCUUCAAAAUAAUGACUGCUUACUAAACCAAGGCUUCUAGAUUGCCAUUAUACUUUCUCAUUUAUUUCAGUACCCUUCAUUCCAAGUCUUCAGUGCGAGUCAGCAAUGGCUGCUUUUAAACUGGUCCAGACCAGUUCGAUGUGCUCCAGCUCAGACACAUAAUUUUGUUUGUCUCUCCUCCUCCGUUUGCUUUUUCUUUUCUCAUUUUCUCUGUCUUCCUCUGCCUCUUUGUUUCUCUUUGUCUCUCUUUACCUAUUUUUGUGUCACAUCUCUUACUGCCUAGCCUUUCCUCUCCUAGACGAACAUACCCAGAACUGUGCCUGCAUGCAGCCAUGUGCCAUAGGACCAUAUUAGGUUAAAAUCUUCCUUAUCCUGGGACAGAAUUUGAGGAUUAUGAAAUUCAUUCCUCUGAACCUAAUACUAUUCAUUCCUGGGAUUUUUCUUUCACUUUUGGAUACAUUUUCUAAAGCAAGAGUUUCUCAGAGUUUUGACUCCACUAGCUCUUUGACCUAGACGUGGACCAGUAAUGGGACCUCAGGCAGAGGCCGCUGUCUCCCUCCCAGUCUCAGCCACUUGGUGGUUCCUCUCGUGGAUUUGAUGUCGGCCUCAGUGUUACAGUAAAUUUUAUUUUUUUGAGACGUUUUUGCUAGAGGGCGCAUGUGCUCGCCAGAAAGACAGAGACAGAGACAGAGACAGAGAGACAGAAAGCGAGAAAUCAUCCCCCCCCACUCC